UUCGAUGCGCUGAUAGUUGAAAUUGUGCUUUGAAACUAUUCGCAUUAUUCGGGCAACACGAUAGAAAAAUGAAGCUGCUUGGCUUCAUCGUUUUAAUCUGUAUUUGGAUGGAAGGCGGUAGUUCUCAGCCACAGCAACAACAAAUAGAGAAUUUAGAAAAACAACUACAAAUACUACAAUCGCAAGUGGACCAUCAAUUCCAAUAUUUAAAAAAGAAAUAUUUUGAAACAGUUCCUAAAAGCGGCAAAUUGAAGAAUAUGUAUUUAUCCAUGAGAGGGAAUAAUGAUUCUGUUCGAAUAGAAAUUCAUAAAGAAAUAAUGGAAAAUUUCGAUGAAAAAAUGUACAAAAGAUUUGAAAAUAUCAACCCACAAAUGGUGAAAGAUUAUAAAGAAUUUUUUUCAAAGAUCUUUGACGAAGCAAUCCACUCAAUGAAUGAUAGAAUAUUUAAUCUAUUUGACCCUCCUUCGGGAGUAAAAAUAUUGAAUGUAACGAAAAUUCAACAAAGACAAGAAAGAAUUUUGCGUGACAAGGGUGGCCAAUUGGAAUAUGAAUUUUUCCGGGCAGAUUAUAAUGAAUGUCUUGAAUUAUUAGCAAUGGAUCUGUCUAAGUACCUUUCACUAGAUGCAGUUUCUCGUAUAAUUAGUUUGCAUCGUAUGCUAUAUGGGAAUCGAACAGAGAUUGAAACUGCAUUGUCUUAUCUGUAUGUUCAUGCACCUGCUUCGACAAUCGGAUCCGUAAUGGAUGGAACGAGCACCUCGCACUGACGAAUUCAUAAUAAUAUCAAAAAAUUAAAAAAAAAUCAAAUGGUAGAUACAGAAUUUCGAUAGAACUUUUCAAAAUCAGCUACAAUUGAAUAAAG